CCCCUUCCUCCCAGAGGGAAGACGGUGAGCCGGAGGAGUCAGUCGUAGGGGCAAGCAGGGGCGAUCCUGUCGGCAAACAGGUUCUGAGUACCACGUGAGCUGCGGGUGACAGCAGGAGCUCCUGUGGCACUUCGUCCGUGAUGGAUGCUGAGAAGAAACCGGAGAACGACGAGGACGAAGAUGUGAGCAGAGAAGCCGGAGACUCAGGAAAGACUGCAUCCUGCCAUGUGGACGCUGGGCUUGUGUCUGACGGGACGACAGGCUCCUCUGAGAACUCCAUGCGCAAAAGAGCCUUUCCGGACUCCGCAGGCAGGGUCGUUUCAGAGGAAGAUGGAGACAGCCGUGCUUCCAAACGGAUGAAGUUAGGUGAGGCGGAACCCCUCAGACGUGAAGAGCAGGGCACUCGCGGGGGCUCAGAAGCAGGUGUCCCAUCGGGUGACACAGUGCAGGCGCCCGUCCCAAACGACCGCCUGGGGGGAGAUGCAGGUGUCCCUGUGGCCGGCUCCCCUCUCUGCAUCUUGAGCACAGCGGACAUGGCUUCUGUGAACGCAGCCUCUGGAAAGACGUCUGCGCAGGAAGUGCCUUCCCUGGGCCCAGGAACAGAUGCUUCUCUCCCCACGGAAGAGAUGGCUGGUGCUGGUGGCACCGCUGGGGACGUAGACACGGUGCCCAGGUGCCGCUCGUGCGGUCAUUUGUGCUCUUCGCGCUCUGAUCCGGAAACGCACGCCGCAUGUCACACGUCACCGCCCAAGGACGCGGCCUACUGCCACUGCGGCCACAGAGCGGAGGGCAGCGCGGCCCUGCCGGUGCAUGGCACACAGACACAUGGGCCACAGAAAAAAGUCUUCUCUUGUGAUCUGUGUGGCUUUCAGUGUGCGGAAGAGAACCUUCUGAAUGCACAUCGUCUCGGCAAAACACACCUGCGGCGCCAGAACCUGGCUGCUCGUGGAGGCUUUGUGCAGAUCUUAACAAAACAACCUUUUCCUAAGAAACCAUGUACCAUUGGAAUAAAAAGUGUUCUCACAAAACCAAGAGCUACUAACCAAGCAGCAAAGAAUAGUGAUUCAAAAAGGCUAAGAGAUGGAAGCAGAUUUAAAGACCUCAGGGGAAGCGUUUCUAAACAGGGUGGAAGUAGCAGUGAGCUUCUCGUGGAGAUGAGGCCGUCCAGGAACACUUUGCUGGAAAAGGGGGAGAUUGCCGAAGAAUGUGUCACUUCCCUCGGUACAACUCCAAGUCCUGAAAACCAGAGUAAGAAGUUAGAGGCCUUAGUAACCCCGCAGGGUCUCUUAGACAGGCUGGAAUCUACCAGAAGGGCCUUGCAAACAGCACAUGGCGUCGGCACAACCUUGAGGUCGAGACCUGAGCGAAGUGCUCUCACCUCGGCUAAUAGCUUCCGACGGCGAAGCGGCACCUUCCCCAUGAAAGGCCAGGCCAAGAAAAGGUUUAAUCUUCUAGGAAUUAAUAAAAGAGGCACCAGCGAGACUCUGAGAGUAUAUAUGAAACACUUCAGAACACAGACGAAGACAGGCGAGGCGGAGUCCGUGCCUAGACUUGCAGCAGUGACCGAUGGCGCCCCUGGUCCGAGCGAGGCUUCCUCAGAAACCCGGGAGCUGCAGCAGGGCGAGAGAACCGCCCGCCUCCUGUGCUCCUCGGGCCCGCCGGCGGGGGGAGCGGCUUCCGACCUGCAGACAUCACGGGCAUGCGCAGACUGUGGUCCGCUGGCUGCAGGUAGGACAGAGCUGGAAGUCCACGUGCAAAGGUGUCGUGCAAGGGAGGUGCGACUGCCCUGCCAGAGCCGCGACUUUCCCAGUGUGUCGAGGCGGGACACGGAGGAGCACGUGCACAGCAGCCAGCUCCAGCCAGCCGCCUCUGCCCUCCGCUGUCAGUGCUGCUCCUUCGUCCCCUCGGAUGAGGCUCGUCUCAGAGACCAUGUGAAGGACAAGCACGGCACGGGCCUUUCUUGCUGUCCCAGUGAUCCGUCCGCCUCGUCCGAGAAGGAUGUGGAGGAACGCAAGACGACGGAGAAGCAUCUUGGCUUAUUGGGUCAGCCAAAGACUUCGCAGUCAUUCGGCGGUGAUUCCCUUCUACAGACUCUGAGCGCUUCAGAAUCAGAAAGCACAAAGGGGCCUGUGAGCAAGUCAGGGAGCGCAGCGCAGGAAGAAGCGGCGAGGGCCCGGGCGAGCCAUGGCAGUGAAGGACGGCAUCCCGGUAAGCCGCAGUUCCAGUGCAAGAAGUGCUUCUAUAAAACCAGGUCUUCCACGGUCCUCACGAGGCACAUAAAGCUCCGGCACGGUCAGGACUACCACUUUCUUUGUAAAGCGUGUAACCUUUACUCACUGAGCAAGGAAGGAAUGGAGAAGCACAUUAAGAGAAGCAAACAUCUUGAAAACGCUAAGAAGAACAACAUCGGGUUAAGCUUUGAAGAAUGUAUUGAGAGGGUCUGCAUAGGUGCCAGUGACAGAAAGGAAGAGUUGACCAUCUCCGGGAGUGGAAGGGCGGAAGGCCCCGUAGACGGCGUGCAGUCACAGGAGCACUCCUCGUUGGGGACGAGCACACUGGCUGCCCAGGCAGAGUCACAGUCUGCUCUGGUCACCAAAGACGACGAGGCUUUGACCGCUGCUCCCAAGAGAGGGAGGCCGAAAGGUAGCAUCUCGCGGACGUGUUCACACUGUGGCCUUUUGGCCUCUAGCAUCACAAACUUGACUGUUCACAUUAGACGAAAACACAGUCACCAGUACAGUUACUUGUGCAAAGUGUGUAAGUAUUACACUGUAACUAAGGGCGAUAUGGAACGCCACUGUGCCACCAAGAAACACAAAGGGCGUGUAGAAAUAGAAGCAAAUGGAAAACGAAGUUCAGACAUUGUCAUUGGCCCCGAAGGGGGUGACCUCGAAGCCUGUGGCAGGAAUGCGGGUUCAGAUGGGCACGCUGGUAAAUCGACUGCGCCAGAGCCCCCCCCUUCAGGAAAGCCUGGGCAAGAGCAUGGAGACCCGAUGGAAGUUGGAGUCGAAAAUGCACCUCCUUCUACAGGUGGGGAAGCUGGCAGUCACCGUGCUGAUGAGAGGGAGCAAGCAUCUCUAGAGCCGGAGGCCCUGGGGCCACAGGGGGGAGCGGGCUCCCAGAGGGACGCCGCGGGCAUGGGCGAUAACAGGUGUGCGCACUGCGAGUUCAGCGCCCACUCUCCGGCUGCUCUGGAGCUGCACGUGAAACGGAAGCACACGCGAGAGUUUGCGUUUUACUGCAUGGCGUGUGAUUACUAUGCUGUGACCCAUCGGGAGAUGACCAGGCACGCCGCCACUGAAAAGCACAAGGCGAAAAGGCGGUCUUACCUGAACUCUUCUGACGUGGAAGCCAGGUCCCCAGAAAUGUCCAAAAACAUCCCUGUGUUGGAGGAAGAGCAUCAACAGAAUUCUGCAGAAUUUCAGAUAAUUUCAGAUCAACCACCUGAAACUCUGAAAUCUAGAAAUGCUGCUGAUCAUUCUACUUUAGAUGAGAAUCCUCGUGUGGACAUGCCCAUAGUGCUCUGUGCUCCUGACUCCGUGGAAGUUGAGACCGAAGAAGAGCCCGAUGUCGGUGGGGACCGAUCCUUCCGUGAAACUUUCCAAGAGCCGCUUGCUAAGGAAAAAGUUAGGGAACCGGAGCAGAUGGUGCCCCUUAACAUUUCCUCUAAUCGUGGCUCCCCAAGCAGAUUUCAGGACAGAAAUUUGGGGAGCUCAGCUUUGAAUUACGAGACAGUGAGGAACAACCACAACAGAUUGAGUGACAUCGGGGACCCAAGUGCACCUUGUGACAGCGAUGGCGGGAAUGGAGGAGACAAGGCAGGUGGCACCCUCAGCAAACCUGUGUGUCCCAGGGCUCUGGGUGGAGCCCAGGCAGCCGACAGCGCCGUUCCCAUUGUGCUGAGAAUGACAGAGGGACAGCUAAAGCUGGACAGCCGUGGUCAGGACCGAGUUGGCCACGUGCAGAGCUCAGUGGAUUUGACAGCUGUGCGAGUGGAAAGUCAGGACAUUCUGAUACACCCUCAGCAGGGAACUGAGAUUAUCCUGGAGGAGGACGGCCCAGCUCCUGACAGCACCAUCGAAAGUAACGGCGUUUAUGAAACUGUCAUCAGUAUUGACGAUAAAGGACAGGCCACCUACAGUUUCAGCCGGUUUGAUUCUUCCAUAAUAAGAAUAAAGGAUCCGGAAGAUGGUGAACUGGUAGACCCACCCGAAGAAGGUCUGCUGGUAGCAGAGGGGAGAGCGAGUGCGUUGCCCUUAAGGGACUGCGCUCCAGGUGUGAAAAGGAAGAAGUGUGAAGGCAGCUCCUUUGGCGAGUCCACGCGCAUCCGCUGUGACGACUGCGGCUUCUUAGCCGACGGGUUGAGCGGCCUGAAUGUGCACAUAGCCAUGAAGCACCCCACGAAAGAGAAGCACUUCCACUGUCUGCUGUGCGGGAAGUCCUUCUACACGGAGAGCAACCUGCACCAGCACCUGGCCAGCGCCGGGCACCUGCGGAACGAGCAGGCCAGCGUGGAAGAGCUCCCGGAGGGCGGGGCCACCUUCAAGUGUGUCAAGUGCACGGAGCCCUUCGAUUCGGAGCAGAGCCUGUUCCUGCACAUCAAAGGGCAGCACGAGGAGCUGCUCCGCGAGGUGAACAAGUACAUCGUAGAAGACACCGAGCAGAUCAACCGCGAGCGGGAGGAGAACCAGGGCAACGUCUGCAAGUACUGCGGCAAGCUGUGUCGCAGCAGCAACUCCAUGGCCUUCCUGGCUCACAUCCGCACGCACACAGGAUCAAAACCAUUCAAGUGCAAGAUCUGCCAUUUUGCAACAGCUCAGCUUGGCGAUGCCAGAAACCACGUCAAAAGGCACCUUGGGAUGAGGGAGUACAAGUGUCAUGUGUGUGGGGUUGCUUUUGUAAUGAAGAAGCACUUAAAUACUCACCUACUGGGCAAACAUGGAGUUGGCACACCAAAAGAAAGGAAGUUCACCUGCCACUUGUGCGACCGAAGUUUCACCGAGAAGUGGGCGCUCAACAACCACAUGAAGCUGCACACGGGAGAGAAGCCCUUCAAGUGCACCUGGCCCACGUGCCACUACUCCUUCCUCACGGCCUCGGCCAUGAAGGACCAUUACAGGACCCACACAGGCGAGAAGUCGUUCCUGUGCGACCUCUGUGGCUUCGCGGGCGGGACGCGGCACGCCCUCACCAAGCACCGCCGGCAGCACACAGGAGAAAAGCCAUUCAGAUGUGACGAGUGCACCUUCGCAUCCACCACCCAGUCUCACCUGACACGGCACAAGCGGGUGCACACGGGCGAGAAGCCCUACCGGUGCCCCUGGUGUGACUACAGGUCGAACUGUGCCGAGAACAUCCGCAAGCACAUCCUGCACACCGGCAAGCACGAGGGCGUCAAGAUGUACAACUGCCCCAAGUGCGACUACGGCACCAACGUCCCCGUGGAGUUCCGGAACCACCUGAAGGAGCAGCACCCCGACAUCGAGAACCCCGACCUGGCUUACCUGCACGCAGGCAUCGUGUCCAAGUCCUACGAGUGCCGCCUGAAGGGCCAGGGAGCCACGUUCGUGGAGACGGACAGCCCGUUCACCGCAGCUGCACUGGCGGAGGAGGCCCCCGUGGCAGACAGGCCCCUGCGGGGCGGCCGGAGGCUGGCAGCACCUGAGCAGGUCCAGCAGGUCAUCAUCAUCCAGGGCUACGACGGGGACUUCGCCCUGGACGCCUCUGUGGAGGAGACGGCCGCGGCCACGCUGCAGACACUGGCGCUGGCCGGCCAGGUGGCCCGAGUGGUACACAUCACCGAAGAUGGGCAGGUCAUCGCCACGAGUCCCAGCGGGGCGCACGUGGGCGGCGGGGCCCCUGAGCCCGUCCUGCCGGAGCAGGUGGCUGAGGAGGCCACACAGGUGGUGGUGGUCGGGGGCUCGGUGGAAGGCCCCGGGGCCGAGCCCCUCAGCCCCGGCAGCACCAUGAUACAGCAGGUGAGCAAGCAGGAGCUCCUGGACCUCGGCGAGGCCCCCGGGGCCCAGCCCGAUGCCGCCUCUGCCUUGGACGCUCUGCUGUGUGCUGUCUCCGAGCUGGGCGGGGCAGAGGGCGGGGCCGGGGCUGGCGACGUGGCCAGAGGCAGCCACAAGGAGGUGCUGGUGCAGCUGCCUGGUCCGGAGGCACCGCCCCCCACCCGGCCUGAGGCCACCGAGGUCCACCUGUUCCAGGACGUGCAGGACAGCACAGCCACGCAGCCCCUGGAGGUGCUGACCCAGGUGGUCCGGCCCGCGGCCCUCGGCGCCUCGCAGGAGCGGCCCCAGGUGGCCUUCAAGAAGGUGGUGCAAGGCGUCCUCCAGUUCGCCGUGUGCGACGCGGCCACGGCCGGCCCGCUGGGGAAGGACGGCGUCACGCAGGUCAUCGUGAACGAGGAGGGCGCCGUGCACAUGCUGGCGCGGGACGGGGCGCAGCUCCUGGUGCAGGAGGCCGCGGCCUCAGGGCCGCACGGGGAGGUCUCGCAGAUCGUCGUCACCGAGGAGCUGGUGCAGGCCAUGGUGCGGGGCUCCGCGGGUGGCUUCCCUGAGGGCGCCACCCACUACAUCGUGACCGAGCUGCCUGCGGGCGCACAGGAGGCAGCGGCCCUGUACUCCCACACCGUGCUUGAGGCGGCGGCCGGUGCACAGGGGCUGCUGCAGGCCGGGGCCGCGCUGGGCGCCGAGGCCGGGGGGCCCGAGCAGCUGACCAGCAUGGUCAUUUAUACCCAGGAUGGUGCCCCGGCAGCCACUGUCCUUCAGAGCCAAAGAGACAGCCACGAACUCCAGGAAGCCUGAGGCACGGGCUGGGGGUGAGAGACGCCGGGGCACUGGGCACAGGGCUCCGGAGGGGGACAGCGACGGGGCAGCUCGGAGGGGGCCCCAGCACGCCCUGCCCUCGGGAUGCACACAGGGCCGCAGGCUGGACAGGCAGGAGGCCGCCCGGCACACCAGCUCUGCCCCUGGUGCUGGGAGGGCCUGGCUCUCUGCCGUGCGCCCCCCGCCCACCACACACAGACGCCUUCCCGGUCCAGCUCGCAAAGCACCGAGCCUCUGACGGAACCGUGAGCGCAGGGUGUCGUGUGGCUUGAUUCCAGCGUGCAGCGUGCACACGCUUGCCGUAGGUUUGGUCGGAGACUGCAGCUGCCGGAGUUCCCACCCUGGCCCGGCCCGUCCCGUCCCCCCAGGCCAGAGCGCGCCCGCCGUGCACCUCCUGCGCCGUUCGCUCUCUCCUGGCAGCAGGUGGAUCCGCGGGCUCUGGCUGUGUCCCGCUACAAAGAAACUGAGAAGUCCCAAGGCUAAGAAAAGCCUGGAAGGUUAUUUUUAAUUCAAACGUACCCUGGUUAAGGCAGCCCAGUGCUUCUAAUUUCGACUUGGUUUCCUACAACGAAGCCUACGUGUGAAGCGUGCAGUCUGGAAAAUACUGUUCACGUCAGCGUUUUGCUUUUAUGACAUGUGUGUUCGUGUUGGUGUCAUCUGGCAGGAUUUGCUUGUCAUUCACAUGGGUGAGUGGCUGGCGCGCACCAGUGACGUGGGGGCCACCCCGCAGCCCCGCCCCCAGGACCCGCACUGUGUGUGGUGGGUGGUGGACGCAGUCGGGCCGCUGCAGCUGUGGGUCGAUCGCAAGUUCACGUUCCAACAGUUUGUUCCUUGACACAAUCGCUCUUCUUUCUUUUCCGAAAUUGUAAAAUAAUCCCUUCCCGCUGCGCACAGGUUGUUUUGUUCUGUUUCUCUUUUCUUUGAAAUAAAAUUGCAGCAUUAACAGAGAACGGUGAUGUUG